GGUCCAAGGCUAGCUAGCUCUAUAAAGACCGCACGGCGGGGCCUCUCACUCCGCAAGCUAGCACAGCCAUGAACCUGAAGCAUCGAUCGAGCUCGAGUUAGUUUUGGUGAUUUGCAGUGCAGGGUUGCGGCAAUGCUGGCUCAGGGAAGAGGAAGUGCGACCACCGCUCUGGUCGCGGGCGUCGUGCUCCUGUGCGUGUUCCUUCCAAUCACCGGCGCGGCCGCGAUGGCGCGGCAGGCGCCGAGGACGUACGUGGUCGGCGACGACAAAGGCUGGGGUCGCGACCUCAACUCAUGGUGGCCGAAGGACAAGACCUUCUACGCCGGCGACGUGCUCGUGUUCAAGUACGACAAGGAGCUCCACGACGUGACGGUGCUGGGCGGCAAGGGGUACCAGCGGUGCGAGGUGCCGAGGCACAGCAGCAAGAGCUGGGUGAUGCGCACCGGGAACGACCAGGUCACGCUGCGCAGGGGCAACAACUACUUCAUCUGCGGCCUGCCGGGCCACUGCGACAAGAACAUGAAGCUCGCCAUCAAGGCCUGGUAGAUCCAUCGAUCCGGCCGCAUCAUCAUCAUCAAUCUUUUGAGGAUUGCAUGCUUGCCCUGGCCGUCGUUUAACUGUCCGUGCCUUGUUGGGUUCUCGAGUUAAUUUAUAAUUUAUUUGUCUCUCGAAUUGGGGUUGUCACUUGUAUUACAAACCUAAUUUAUCGUGGAUCAUGUGUGUCUUCAUCGAGUAAACUUGACGUUUUCUCUA